ACUUUCGCCAUAUUGUCAUCAGAGCCAGUUCGUCAAUACUUCAAUUUGGAAGGUGCCGAUUGCUCUUUACUACGAAUCAACAUGUCACUCAUCCAGGGUUUCAUUUCACGUUUUGUGCCUAUUGUUAAGGCAGACGACGAAGACUUGGUUGACCCGCAGAAAGUUCUCCGUGAGGAAUGCUCCCAGAAACCGAGUUGUGUUAAAUUCCAAGAAAGGUUGAGUACAUGCAAUGAUCGAGUUAAUUCCAGGAAAGAGACAUUGGAAACCUGCCUCGAAGAGUUGAUAGAUUAUGUUCACUGUGUAGAUCAUUGUGCUUCAAAAACUCUCUUCAGUAAGCUCAAGUAGAUGGGUAAAUACACGAAUAAAAGAUUCUCGGUAUUUCUCAUCACUGAAUCAUACUUACCAUAGUUAUAUUUGUCAUGUAUAUAAAAAUUGGAAAAAUAGAGGGAAAAAAUUAA